AUGUCCAACAUCACCGGUGCCACCGAGUGCUUAAGUCCAACUGGUGACUCUUCGACCGGCGACAGUAGCACCGGCGAGCAUCCCACUUUCGAUCUCGCCGACAUGGCAAACAUAUUUGAAUUCGCCGGGUCCCGCUUGCUGGCUAUACGCCGAUCCCUGGAGAACACCACGCCGUCAUCGGCGACGGUCCUAAUUAUUAGCAAGUACCUCAUGUGGGAGGGCGAGGUUUUUUUCUUGCCUUGGGUCGCUUAUUGCGAAGGGUUGAGCAUCUGCCCUCCCUUGUCCCGCAACCUCCGAUGGUUCAUCGGGAUCCUUGGCAUGAGCUCAAUGGAGCUCCUGACCUACCGAGAGCUCUAUGACAACUUUAUGAAGUUGCCAGUGGAGCCCUCCAGCGCCUGGGUCACAGGUCGGGUUGUCAACACAUAUCCCAUGGACUGGUGGAACACCGCUUUCGAUGCGGUAGACUACAGGACUUUCACGUCCCGGUACCCUGGUUGGAAGCAAGUCGUGCAGAUGGUCGCAGACCACUUUGAGCAAUUGCCAGAAGGCCGCAUGUUGAUAACCCCGGCAACAUUGGUGCAGGCAAGAUCAACGCCGGUGGCACAGCAAUUGGCCACCAUUCAAGCUGGGGUCACACAAGGAAGGGCGCACAUCAUCACGAUGUUGGAGAACAAGGUAGUGGAGGCAAGGCUUGUAGCUGCCUCCUUGAUGAGAAUGGAGACCACAUUGGGUGAAGAUGUACGCGAUGCCAUCGCCGCCACUGAACUCCUAGUGAAAUAUUUGAAAGUGGAACAAGAUUAA